AUGGCGCCAUCUAAGCCUGAGCCUACUACGGCUAAGAAGACUGCGGCAAAGCGGACGCCCAUUGCGAAGAAAGCGAUUUCCAAGCCUAACUCAAAGAAAUAUUUCAGCGCAAACGACGGAAUAUAUCGUUCUUUUGUCAGGGCAUGCAAGAAUGGCAUCGAAGAUUCUGAAAAGGGCCCAACGGCCACUCAACUUGCUGGCGCACUACUCGGAAUGGAAGAUCUCAGCGAAGAAUACUUACCUACCGAAUGGAAGGACUAUGCAGAAGCAAACCCAGAGAUUGCGCGAACCAUACGGCGCACAGUUGCAGAACUUAGGACACCAGAGGGGGAAAAGUUUGGGGUAGAGCUCAAAGACGCUGAUGUGAAAAUGGACAAGUAUCUCAUUAUCAGCAACCCAGACUAUGGAGCGGCGGAUGUCGAAGAUAGUGAAGUCAGUGGCAAGGAUGAUGAAGUUGAUGGCAAAAUCGAUGAGGACGCCCGCCUUCGAGAAUUGGAAGAGCGAAAAUCUCGAUUUAGGCUAUUAAUAAUGGCAGCAGAUGCCGAAUCCUCAGUUGCAAAAUCGCCUUCUCCAAUCAAUCACCAGGAAGCAGCCUCGCAGACCGGAGAACAUGGUACGGAGACCAUUCAUCUUGAUGAGAAUGCUCAUCCCACGAUGACAGAUGUUCCACCAGGUUGGGAAGAUUAUGCCGAUAUAUUUACAUCAGAUUAUAACCAGGGCAACAAUAUUAACGACACUGGUCACCACAAUCUGCUUGAUCCUGUUUUUCAGCGGGUACCUGGACAUGAGCAGGAGGAGCCUGAGCGUGAAGUCGGACAAGAUAUUGCGAUUAAUCCAGCGCUGGAUAUUGGACACGAAGAGGUGAACACUACGCUCAAUGGUGAAGCUAAUGUUGAACCUCAUAUGGAAUAA